CCUCGCUCCCAAUCUGCGCCUCGUUUGCCAGCGCGUGCCAACUCUUGGACGACCAUCACGGCAACAUCACUCUUAACUGACCAUCUCGAACCAUUCUCACAUUAGUGGUUGCUCUAUCUAGCCACUGUGUUUAGAUGGGUCCGACCUGACCUCAUCGCUUUAUGCGCGGCACACCUCACCAUCGCAACACUCGCAGGAAAUUGUCGCCCCAUUCGCUUAUCGACUUCCUGAGCUCCUGGCAACAGCCAACAAAGGGGGUGACAACACACCCGACCGAGACACCUUCGAGCCAAUGUCAAAUUCGAGCUCAAUCGAGACCUUGUGAGAACCUGGUUUUCUGGAAACCUCAUCCAUCGCCACUAUCUGAAUGGGAUCAAUCGGCUACGACGCUUAGCGCUACAAAAACAAAGGAACUAUGGCGAUGCCCCCAAAUUUGUUGGACCUGUGGUCCAAUUCACAGAACUCGACCGGCUCGACUUCGCCACGGCCUUUGCGGUCGCCCUGCCUGCAUGUCGCCGGAGAGGUACUCCCUGAAUUUUCCCCGCUGGACGCAUUUGUCCUGCAGAGCCGCAUCCUCGCGAAACAGUUGCAAGAGAGCACCAAGGAGGGUAACAGAUUCAGCAGGCUACCGCCGUUGACGGUGGAGAGUCCCCUGAUCGUCCAGGGCCGGUCAAAUUACUUCCGUUCCAUGUCUCAAGACUCGGGGUCAGAACCAUGUGAUUCACUCGAACAAAAUCCAGCCGGCCUGGGUCUGAGAACUGACGUCGAACAAGCUUUUUCAUUAGGACGGCCCAAAUCGAUGGUCUCAUGUACGAGUCGAAUCCCUCCUACCCCCGAUGGACCAGCCCCUGCUGUGCCACAGAUAGCGGGAGACUUGUCUCGAGGAUCACAGCUCAAUCAGAUCGAGGAGGACCGCGAUUCUUUCGGCGCACGAAG